UAUAUACUGAAAAAAGUGAUGCAUUGAAGUUGCUUAAUUCAAAUGUGUACGUUAAUAAAGUAUACAACACAAUUAUUGGAAAAAGUAAGUAAACUGAAAUUGUCUUGAUGGAACAUAUUUUAUUAAUGUAAACGUAAUGUACAUGUACACAUUUGAAUGAGGUAAAUUCAGUGCAUCACUUUUUUCAGUAUAUUUCAGCUUAAGCUGUGAGGAUAUUGCAACUGCUUUUAAUUGAAUUUAAUUAAUAGGCCCAUUUCAUGGAAAAAAAUGCCUACAGCAGUUUAGCCCUGCCCAUUCACACUGAAGUUAAAAGGAAUGUUUCAGCCUGGACUGCUUUUUCAAUGAGGCACAAUCCAGGGUAGCCAAUUUGAAUAGAGCUCUUUUACAUAUAUCAGUCUUAAAGGUACAGUAACAAAAAUAGCCUGUUUAGUUCUAAGGUAUACAGAGUGUUUGUAAAGUAGUUAUAAAUAAAAUAAAAUACAUUAAAAUGUACAAUAUAGGCCCUAUCAUCGGGAAAUUGCAAGUUUGAUCCCUGGCAAUGUCACAGCCAUCUGUGGCCAGAACUCUAAGAGACCAUAAUUGGCCUUACUCUCUCUGGGUUGGUAGGAUGACCUUUCCUCUGCCCAUCACCUAGUUUGCUAAUAGCCAACUGGGUGUCUGUUAGUUUACAUAACAGAAUUGGCAGUUAGUGUUCUCCAUGUUGACCUUAAGGGGCAGUUUAAAAAGAUGCGGUGGGGCUUCAUAGUGUCUCAACUCUCCCAGCUUGGUAGCAUUGUGUGAUGGGGAAGACCGAGCUAGCAGGGGCAUUGGCCUUGACUAAAUUGGAGGAGAAAUUGGGCAAAAAAAUAAAUAAAGAAAGAAAGAAAGUAAAUGAUUAAGAAAAUUAUCAUUAUAUUUGCUUUUGUAAGCAAAAAAGUAAAAAAUCAUAUAAAGAGUCAAAAAAUCAAAGUAAGUUAAUCAUAGAGGGGCUUUUCAAUUUUAAUCUUCAAAACGUGGUUACUGCAUUGAGGCUCAUGCAUGCUGGAUGGCAUAUGAAAUCAGAGAAGUUGUGUGAGAGUAAAAGCUUGAAUAAAAUUCAGAGGUGCAGGUUAUAUAAGAGAAAAUAGGGGCUGAGGUGUGAGGAAAUGGAAGAAGGCAAUGUUUAUUGGAUUUGUUCCUCGGUAGAGGUCUCUCAAAAGCUGAGUGGGUCAUUAGCCAUGGAGUGGCUUGAGUUUAGGGAUUGUUCCUAUUCGCUGACAAGAAUUAGGGCUUGGUCACAUGAUCACCAUCAUUAUUAGGGCCUGUGCAGGCUUGUCUGCAUCAGCAAGCAGCCACAGGGGGCACACACAUGCACUGACCCACUGCAUUGAUUUUUUUUCUAUGCACUGUAUUUGCAUAACCAUUGUGUGAAAUAGGCUCUUGAGCAUUGUGUAAGAGUUUGAGAGAUUUGUCUUUGCUGGAUUGUUUUGAAUAAAAACCCUUUAAGCAACGUGGAAUUAUCAGACUCGUUUGAAGCAAUGAACCGGGCAGAGGUUAAUGAAUAUGCUCAGUGGUGCAUACAACCGCAGUAGAAAAGAAAAUGCACUGGGCUUGACUGCUAAGCAAAUAUGAAAGCAAACAACAUGGAAACGUUGCUGGAUUAAUGCACAAGAAUCAUACAGUCAUAGAGCAUGUUAAGCAUAAAAUGUAGGUGGAUGAUGCUGCAGAACAGUAGAGCUUGACAGCUGCAUGCCUUGGUUGUAUUUAGAGAGAGUACAGAGCAUGAGCAGCAGGGGAAAAAAGCACACCGACUGAGACAAUUAUUUCCGGGCAUGUGCAGCAUGCACUGCUUAUCAUAGCAACCAGGGGAGAUGACAAGUCAGGACUUGUCUGUAUUUGAGUAGCCCUAUGGUCUGCACAGGGCCAGUGGGAUGGCUCUCCCUUUACUUCACUGGGUUUAAAUCUCCCUCGUUUGGCUGUCAUGGUGUAGAGAUUGUUCUGCAGAAGGCUUCAAAGUCCAGCUUGUUGCUUUCCUUGUGGACUCCUUUGAGGAUCUUGCAACUUUCCUAUGAUCAGUGAUGACCUUGUGAACUCCUAUCACCUGCUGCUGUGUGCACUUGAUCUGGUCUACUCCAACUCUCUAUUAUGCUCCAACCGUAAAGAUCUGCUCAACCCCUCCUUCAAAGGUCUUCCAGAAGACUUCAGCAGCAAGGACUACAAGCCUAGUAGUCCUCUAUGCUUCAUAGAGCAGCUGUGUGAACUACAUGAUGGUCUGGUGCUGGAGGCCAAAGGAGUGAAGGAGCACUUCUGGAAGCCCUUCAUCAAGAGACUAUUUGAACGCAAAAUUUUAAAGGGAAAAGAAGAGACACUGACUGGAUUCUUGGAUCCUGUUAAUUUUGGAGACAGUCUUGCAUCUUUGAACCGAGUGUAUGAGGAGCACGUUCUAUCAUCAGGUGCUCUGGAUGAGAGAAUAUUCCUGGGAGAAGGUGCAAAAGAGGACAUUGGUACACCGGGACCAUGUCUGUGUGAGGGAAUAGAAAACCAGGAGCGUCCUGCCAACCUUCUGUACAACUCUCUGACUUCAUCCGCCCUGAAAGUAUCCACUCCACUGACCGGCCGCAAAUACAUACAGGACAGUGGAGUCGGCACUCCGGUUUCCAUGGCAAUGCAGGGCGUGGGGCGUCUGCAUAGCCUCUUGGCUGGACUCAAGCACAGACCGAGUCUGAGACUCAGAGAGAUACUUAAGGCAUGUGCAAGGGACCCCAGUGAGGCCAUUGCAGCCAGACUGAAGGAGAUGUCUGACACUUUCCUCCAGAACUAUGAAGCAAAAGAGGAGGAGAACAGAGGUCUGGCAAGAGAUAUUGCUCUGAAAUACUUUUGCCUGGCUGAGGCUCUAUACUAUAAAACACUGGAGGGAAUCAUUGACCAGGAGAAGAGGAGACUUGGUGACAGUGACCUCUCUUGUAUUCUAGAACAAGACAUGUUACAUCGUUCUCUGAUAGCCUGCUGCUUGGAGAUUGUGAUCUUUUCCUACCGCCCACCUGGCGAGUUUCAGCAGGUGCUGCAAGUCUUUGACAUCCCCCCGUACCACUUCUAUAAGGUGAUUGAGGUGCUGGUUCGGGCGGAGGAGGGUCUGUUCAGAGAGGUGGUGAAGCAUCUGAACCAUGUGGAGGAGCAGGUGCUGGAGAGUCUGGCCUGGAAAGAGACUUCCCCACUCUGGGACAACAUCAAAGGGGCCAAGAACCACGUGCCUUCCUGCCAGGAGGUAAUGCCCCCGCAGUAUCUGGAAGAUGGAUCUGGCAGCAACCCUCAGAGCCCCAAAAAUAAUGAGCUCAGUGCAAACACUGCAGGAGCAGGAAAAGCAGUGUUCCCCUCUACCACUACUCUGCACGAGCGCUAUAGCUCCCCGCCUACAGGUACGGUUUGUAGACGCCUCUUUGUGGACACCGACACAACCUCUGACCCCGCUACGUCUGGUCGGGUCACCCAGGCCCCCCUUGUCAGCACCAUACCUGCCGGCCAGACCGUGGUCACUAUGGCAACAGCUACUGUUACAGCUAACAAUGGUCAGACGGUCACCAUCCCUGUGCAAGGAAUAGCCAAUGAGAACGGAGGGAUUACAUUUAUCCCUAUGCCGGUGAGUGUGACGGGGCAAAGUGGGGCGGGGCUGCAGCCUCUCACUGCCCAGGCACUGACCGGCACACUGAACACACAACAGCUGACAGCCACCACACCCACCAGCACUGCCCACAGCAGCCCUACAGCAGGGAAACAGAGCAAGAAGAGUCCUCUUCAGGGAGCACCUCCGAAUAGAACCCAAAGAACAGGCUCCCUCAGUCUGUUCUUCCGCAAGGUGUAUCACCUGGCCAGUGUGCGUCUCCGGGACCUGUGUGUGAAGCUGGACAUUAGCACUGAACUACGAAGGAAAAUCUGGACGUGUUUUGAGUAUUCACUGGUGCACUGCACUGAGCUGAUGAUGGAUCGCCACCUUGAUCAGUUGCUCAUGUGUGCCAUCUACGUCAUGACUAAGGUGACCAAAGAAGACAAAUCCUUCCAGAACAUUAUGAAGUGCUACAGAUCUCAGCCUCAGGCCAGCAGCAGUGUGUACAGAAGUGUUCUGAUAUCAAGGAGAAAGAGACGCCACUCAGGCAACAGUGAAAACAACAACAGACAGACUUCUCCAUCAGAGGGAGGACACGAACAGGCUGCAGGCAGUGGUGACAGUAGUCCCAUGUCUAUGCGCUCCAGCAGCACUCUGCCCAUUCCGCAGCCCAGCAGUGCCCCCUCCACCCCCACCCACAUCCCUGGAGCCCCCCCAGAGCAGGAGGAAGAGGAGGAGCGGGGUGAUCUGAUCCGCUUCUACAAUCAUAUCUACAUCAAACAGAUCAAACACUUUGCCCUGCGUUACUCCUCUAACUUGCCAAAAGCUGGGGCUGAAACUCCGCCUCUGUGUCCAUAUCCCUUGCUCCGGAUUGGCUCUCCACGCAGAGUUCUUCUUUCACAGAACCACUCCAUCUACAUCUCUCCCCACAAAAGCAACAGCCCCCUCACCCCCAGAGACAAGAUCUUCUACUACAUCAGCUCUAGCCCCUCCAACCGGCUGCGGGAGAUUAACAGUAUGAUUCGCACUGGGGAGACGCCAACUAAGAAGCGCAGUAUGGCUCUGGAGGAGGAGCAGCAGUCUCCUGCUAAGAGGCUGUGCCAGGAGAACCAGACCGCACUGCUCCGCCGCCUGCAGGACGUGGCCAAUGACCGCAACUCCUCCCACUGAAGCAGUCAGUCCUGCAAGAUCUAAACUCCACCAAUGAAAAUAAAGGAACAUCCACAAAUCAGCGACAUCACACACACCUCCGACCACAUAAAAAUGACCAUGCGUAAACAUGGACGAGAAACAUGGAGGAAAUGACUGUGCACCUCCUGACCGAUUAACCAACAUUAGUCCCCAGUCAACAGCUCACCCUUGCAAGACAUUCUAGAUGAACUUUUUGCUAAGAAUGCAGUCAUCAAGUUUCGCACCCACAACAUCAGCUCUUUUUUGAUUCAACUUUGAGUUGCAUUUUCUCAAAGUAGAAAGAAACACAUAUGGGCUUACAGUAAGCAAAUAUCUUGUCUUAUAUAUGCCUUUACUCAGAACAUACAAUGGUAUGUUUUGUGAUGAUGUUUGAAGAAGAUGAAGCACUUAGCAAAGCAUUUGUCAACAGAUCUGACGCAGCGUUCAUUGAACUUGCUUUUUAAGAAGUAUUUUCAUAAAAAGAUAUUUUAUAAUGUUACGUGACCAGAGUUCAAGUUUUCUUAUGAAACUCUUAAGAAAUGAUUGUGAACUCUUUUAUAUGCUGCAGUGUGUUUCCUGUCUUUUUAUGUGCGUGUGCGUGAGUUACAUAGCUAAUAUAUUUAUGCUAUUUUUCUAACAUUAGUUAGAGAGAUACCAACAAGAGACAACCAGCACCUAAUAACUAUCAUGUUAAUAGUAUAAGCUGUAUUCUGCUUAAAAGCAAUAUUUAUUAUCGUUCUGUUGUGCAUGUGCUAUGUAGCUGUGCAAGACAACUCAUUUCUCUUUCUUUCUCUCUCUCAUUUCUUGUUCUUCUAGAAAUGAUCCUCCUAUUACUCGUGAAAAAUAGAUUGCUUUUUUUAUUUUAUGGAUUGUGAUGUCAUAACAAACCAUGUGCAUUGUGUAAACAAUCCCCUUUUCUUGAGAAAGUGCCUUUUCUCCAUUUACCUUUUUGAGCAUUGUAUGUGUGCUUAACAUAGAGCUUACAUGAGUUUCCCCACAAGGCAUUAAAUAAACCAGAGAAAAUGUACUGACCAA